CGCCGCUCGCCUCGGGCCCAAGAUGGCGGCCGCCACACAGGGGCUCCCGCCGGCCGCUCUGCGCCGCUGAGCGCGCGCCUGCUCUGCUCGCUCUCGAACCUGCGUCUUACUACGGGUUGGGAAGGGCCGUGGACCGUGCCCGGGGAGCCUGACCAGGCAGCACUGUUUAGGUAACCAUUACUGGACCAGAAAGAUGACUUCUAUCAUCAAAUUAACUACCCUCUCUGGGGUCCAAGAAGAGUCUGCUCUGUGCUAUCUUCUCCAGGUUGAUGAGUUUAGGUUUUUGUUGGACUGUGGCUGGGAUGAACACUUCUCCAUGGACAUAAUUGAUUCCCUGAGGAAGCACGUCCACCAGAUUGAUGCGGUACUCCUCUCUCACCCUGACCCGCUCCACCUUGGCGCCCUCCCUUUUGCUGUGGGAAAGCUGGGUCUGAACUGUGCCAUCUAUGCUACAAUUCCUGUUUAUAAAAUGGGGCAGAUGUUCAUGUACGACCUUUAUCAGUCUCGACACAAUACGGAAGAUUUUACCCUCUUCACAUUAGAUGAUGUGGAUGCAGCCUUUGAUAAAAUACAGCAGCUCAAAUUCUCUCAGAUUGUGAACUUGAAAGGCAAAGGACAUGGUUUGUCUAUCACACCCCUGCCAGCUGGUCAUAUGAUAGGAGGGACAAUAUGGAAGAUAGUCAAAGAUGGAGAAGAAGAAAUUGUUUAUGCCGUUGACUUCAACCACAAGAGGGAGAUCCACUUAAAUGGAUGUUCCCUGGAAAUGCUAAGCAGACCCUCUCUACUUAUCACAGAUUCAUUUAAUGCUACAUACGUGCAGCCUAGGAGGAAACAGAGAGAUGAGCAGCUCCUGACAAAUGUUCUGGAAACUCUACGUGGUGAUGGGAACGUGCUAAUAGCAGUGGACACAGCUGGCAGGGUUCUGGAGCUUGCUCAACUUCUGGAUCAGAUUUGGAGAACCAAAGACGCAGGCCUGGGAGUCUAUUCCCUAGCACUCCUGAAUAACGUCAGCUAUAAUGUGGUGGAGUUUUCUAAGUCACAGGUAGAAUGGAUGAGUGAUAAAUUGAUGAGAUGUUUUGAAGACAAGAGAAAUAAUCCGUUUCAGUUUCGCCAUCUCUCUCUGUGCCAUGGUCUUUCUGACUUGGCUCGAGUUCCCAGCCCCAAAGUUGUACUUGCCAGCCAGCCUGACCUGGAGUGUGGGUUCUCAAGGGACCUCUUUAUUCAGUGGUGCCAGGACCCCAAAAACUCAAUCAUUUUAACUUACAGAACAACUCCUGGGACUUUAGCACGUUUCUUAAUCGAUAACCCUUCUGAGAAAGUUACCGAAAUAGAGCUGAGGAAGCGCGUGAAGCUUGAAGGGAAAGAGCUUGAAGAAUAUGUGGAAAAAGAGAAACUGAAGAAAGAAGCUGCUAAGAAACUUGAGCAGUCGAAAGAGGCAGACAUCGACUCCAGUGACGAGAGUGACGUGGAGGAGGACAUUGACCAGCCUUCGGCACAUAAGACAAAGCAUGACCUGAUGAUGAAAGGCGAAGGCAGCCGCAAAGGCAGCUUCUUCAAACAGGCCAAAAAAUCCUACCCCAUGUUCCCUGCCCCCGAGGAAAGGAUUAAAUGGGAUGAAUAUGGAGAGAUCAUCAAACCAGAAGAUUUCUUAGUGCCAGAACUUCAAGCUACUGAAGAAGAAAAAAACAAAUUAGAAUCUGGUUUGACAAAUGGAGAUGAGCCCAUGGAUCAGGACCUGUCUGAUGUUCCCACCAAGUGUGUUUCUGCAACAGAGUCUAUUGAGAUAAAAGCCAGGGUUACUUACAUAGACUAUGAAGGGCGCUCGGAUGGAGACUCCAUUAAAAAGAUCAUCAAUCAGAUGAAACCACGGCAGUUGAUCAUUGUCCACGGUCCCCCAGAGGCCAGUCAGGAUCUGGCCGAGUGCUGCCGUGCGUUUGGUGGGAAAGAUAUUAAAGUGUACAUGCCAAAGCUACACGAAACAGUUGAUGCCACAAGCGAAACACAUAUCUACCAGGUACGAUUAAAGGACUCGCUCGUCAGCUCCCUUCAGUUUUGUAAAGCUAAAGAUGCCGAGCUGGCUUGGAUAGAUGGCGUCCUAGACAUGAGAGUUUCCAAAGUGGACACGGGAGUUAUUCUCGAAGAAGGAGAACUCAAGGACGAUGGAGAAGACGCUGAAAUGCAAGUGGAUGGUCCUUCAGACUCCAGUGCCAUAGCCCAGCAGAAGGCCAUGAAAAGUCUGUUUGGAGACGAUGAUAAGGAACUGGGUGAAGAGAGUGAGGUCAUCCCCACCCUGGAGCCUUUACCACCUCACGAGGUUCCUGGACACCAGUCGGUUUUUAUGAAUGAACCAAGACUGUCUGACUUCAAGCAAGUUCUUCUGCGGGAGGGAAUUCAAGCGGAAUUUGUAGGGGGUGUACUUGUUUGCAACAAUCAAGUAGCAGUCCGCAGAACAGAAACCGGACGCAUCGGGUUAGAAGGCUGCCUUUGUCAAGACUUUUAUAGGAUACGAGACCUUUUAUAUGAACAGUAUGCCAUUGUGUAAAGGACAUGAUGUCAGGAAGUGUCUGCUUGACCUUUCUCAGGAAGAAAGGAUUCUUAUCUGAGGCUAAGUUUUCGCUGUCUUGUUUUGUAACAUACAAAAAGAAUCUGCCAGAAAACGUGAGCAUGUAUUAGAUUUUGAAAAAUAAGAAUCAAGGGCCUGGGGUGUAGCUCAGUGGUAGAGCUCUUGCCUAGCAUGUGCAAGGCCCUGGGUUUGAUUCCCAGUACUGAAUAAAGAAAGAAAAUGUAAAUAGAACCCAUUUCGUAAAUGCUCUGCCUUGCAGGAUGCUAGAGGCCCAACGAGGAGACGGGCCCAGAGCUGAAGGUGUUGAUUUCCUCUGCAGAUCCCUUGCUCCAAAGGGUUCAUUAUUUGAAAAAAACAAACAAACAAACAAACAGUGCAUCCUAGGGGACCAGUUCAUGGCCUUACAGAAACUGGUGUGCCUGCGUUCAUGCAGUUUCUUACGUUUUCUGAAAUUAAAGGGAGAAUUAUAUAGAAAGGAUAUGCUAGAAAAGAUACAAACAAAAACUGGUGCAACAACAACAGAGUGUAUUGUGCUGUUAGACCUUUUCAAAUUCUGAUACACAAUCCCCUCCACGUGGGUCUCUCUGCUGUCUGCCUUCAGUGUAGUGUGAGGCAGCACAUGUUUAGAAAGAAAUGUUUAUUUCUCUCAUUUCUUGUUUAUGAAGAUUUUGUUGUUGUUGUUGUUCAAUUUGGAUUUAUAACCUCAUCAUUUGAAUAAAUGUCAUUUAAAAGAAA